AUGCCGGGUGGUAAGAAUCUGGAAUUUCGGUUCGGGAUGGGUGGGUCAGGACUUCUGCGCCCAACAUGCAGCAACAUCUCGGUGAUGAGCAUCGGGAAAUCUGAUUCGGGAUGGGGAUUCAGUCUAUCGAAAUGCGUCCCGUCGAGCCAAAUGAAAACUGUGGACGAGCCCCUUGCAGGUGUCCUCCACGGACUGCACUCGUUCCCAAGCAAGACAGAUUGUCGGAACGGUCUAAUAUAUCACACCAGCGAGGUUAUGUUCUCCGUAGCGUACCCUUGCUUGGUUAAGGAAGGGCAAGCCUCUGAAGGUUUUGGUAGAAGCUCGAGCAUUGGCACUACUGUAGAUAAAUGCUGGGUGGCCUUGGCUAGAGUUAGCAGUUACCGUUCCCCGAGGAGUGUGUUGAUGAAUGUGAUGAUUCCCCGUCUCCAGCGAGAAUCUACGAGUACUGAGGGGACAGACCUUCGCGUGUCGGCUAUACUCUACGGAGUGUCAGUCGUCCUAGAGGAAACACUAUAUCACCAAAUUACAGCUAGGGAUGUGGAAGCAGUGAUGGGAGGAAUUGCUGUGCUUGGUGAUGAUACUUAUUGUUCGGAAAGGUGUCGAGUGCUCCUAUCUCUUCAUCAUGCCUUGGUCCCCAGCAUCCCGCCGAACGGAGUCAUCGUGUGCGGCCUCUACGGUGCUAUGAUCAGACUGGGCAUACACCUUCUUGAGGACGAUUCCAGUGAGGAUGCAGCCCUGUAUGGCUUCGCCUUGUUGUGGUCGGUGUUGUCGUCGGCACCACCAGAAUGGCUAGUCAGCACGCUUGGACUCGUCGGCGUUCGAGCAACAAGUGCACUAAGAAGGGCGGGGAAGAGGAAACGCGAUGAGGAGGAAGAACUUAGCUGGAUCCCUUAUUUGGCGCGGUAUCUGGAGAAGCUCACACGUACUGUGCCCACAGCGGCUCUACGGAAAUAUUCUCCCAUCAUUGCCGCUGAACUCGUCUCGAGAUAUUGGUCUGUUAAUAAGAAACAGCGAACUGCCUCCAGUGAAGAGAAUCUUGCUGACGACAAAGUGGAUGAAAUCAUUGCUUCGACCCUUUAUCCUCUACUAUGUGAGGGAUCGGCCGCGACGAGACGGUCUUCGGGCGAAGCUAUCUCGUACAAGUCGGACGAUGUUCUCCACCUUUUUGCGUCGGCUGGGAGCGACUCGUCCCGAGAGAAGGUCAAGCGGAUGCUUCAAAUGUACACCCAGAGGUUCCGAUACAAGGGCCGAGUCUAAAGCGAAUGUAUCCGCUAGGCUUAUCGUGUUCCUUACGUAUCUUAACCACAACGUCUCUUCCAAA